AUGCACGAGAUUCAAACGGUAGCUAAGGAAUACAUAAAUGAUGAGGAAGUCAGCCAGGUCGUGGCUGCCAAUAAACGGCACUCCGACUACAAUCAACCUAGGCAACAGGUUUACCAGCAAAUAGCCGAGAAAGGGAUCUUGUCGAAGCCCCGACCACUCAAGGACCGUACGGGGGGAAACAAGAGCCUCUACUGUGACUACCACAAGGGCUAUGGGCACCAAACGCAAGACUGCUUUGACUUGAGGGAUGCACUAGAGCAAGCACUAAGAGAUGGCAAACUAUCAGAAUUUUCCCAUCUCAUAAGGGAGCCGAGGAGACAGCAACGCGAUCAAGACAGCGAGGAGGCCAAGACCCAGACGGCAAAGUGGCGACAAGAGUCAGAAGACAAAGACCACGGCCUUACCGUAAUAAACGUAGUAACCGCCAAAAACACCGCGCCGAGGUCUAGGUCAACCCACAAGAAAGACGCCAAAAUUCUGACGGUCUCCUCCGCCCCGAUGCGAAGCUCCAAGAAGCCCCCAUCCAUCUCCUUCGGCCCAGAAGACCAAUGGUUCGACGAGGCCCCCGAAAACCCACCUAUGGUCAUCACGGCCAGGGUGGGAACCGGCCUCGUCAAACGAAUCCUUGUCGACACGGGGGCAGACUCGAACAUUAUGUUCCGCAAUGUGUUCGACGCUCUAGGAUUAAGGGACACCGACCUAUCAUCGCACCAGCACAGGAUCAUCAGAUUAGGCGACCACUUCAUCAAGCCGGACGGAGUGAUAUCCCUGCCGAUCUCCGUGGGACAGGCACAGGGCCGAAGAUCGGCAAUGGCUGAGUUCGUAGUUCUCCGAGAUCCCACAGCCUACAACAUCAUCUUGGGGAGGAAGACGAUUAAUGAUGUUGAAGCAAUAAUCAAUACAAAGCUCCUAGUCAUGAAGUUUGUUACCGACGACGGGUCCAUAGGGUCCAUAAGGGGAGAUCUAGAAAUGGCAGUCGCUGGCGACAAUGCCAGUCUGUCCUUAAGGAAGAAAUCUAAGGAAGCUUCGGGGGUGUUCCUAGCUGACCUAGACGCCAGGGUAGACGACAAACCCAGACCGGAACCUGAGGGGGACCUGGAAAAGUUCAGGGUCGGCGACACGGAGAAAAAAUUCACAUUCGUCAACAGGAAUCUCCCACAUGAAUUGAAGGAGCCCUUGGUAGAAAUGAUCAGGGCCAAUGGGGAUUUGUUUGCCUGGACGCCAGCCGACAUGCCGGGCAUAGAUCCCGAAAUUAUGUCACACCACCUGGCCGUCAAGUCGGAAGCGUGCCCGGUAGCCCAACGGAGAAGAAAGAUGUCACGGGAGAGGGUAGAGGAGGUGGCCAGGCAGACGGCCAGCCUCCUAGAAGCGAGUUUCAUACGAGAACUAGACUACUCGACAUGGCUUUCGAAUGUAGUUCUAGUAAAGAAGCACAACGGCAAACGAAAAAUGUGCGUAGACUACUCCGAGCUUAACAAGGCAUGCCCAAAAGAUUGUUUUCCCCUCCCUAACAUAGACGCACUCGUCGACGCUGCGGCGGGCUACCGUUAUCUGAGCUUUAUGGAUGCCUACUCCGGCUACAAUCAGAUACCGAUGCACCGUCCCGACGAGGACAAGACAGCGUUUAUAACGCCGGGAGGAACCGUCUGUUAUAAGGUGAUGCCAUUCGGCCUAAAAAACGCAGGGACGACAUACCAAAGGCUGAUGAACAAGAUAUUCCACAACCUCAUAGGCAAGACAGUGGAAGUCUAUGUAGACGACAUCCUCGCAAAAACAACGCGACCUGAUGACCUCCUGAAUGACUUGGCAAAUGUGUUCGCGUCUCUCCUACAACACGGCAUGAGACUCAAUCCCCUCAAAUGCGCCUUCGCUAUAGAAGCUGGAAAGUUCCUAGGAUUCAUGAUAACCCAAAGAGGAGUAGAAGCUAACCCGGAGAAAUGCCAAGCAAUACUCCAGAUAAAGAGCCCGAGUUAUAUUAAGGACGUCCAGAGAUUGGCAGGGCGACUGACCUCGUUAUCCUGUUUUCUCAGAGCUUCGGCAACAAAAGCCCUGCCUUUCUUUAACCUCAUGAAGAAAGGGAUAGCAUUCGAGUGGACGCCCGCGUGCGAGGAAGCCGUUAGACACUUCAAGGAAAUCCUAGCGGCACCCCCUGUGCUCGGAAAGCCAAAGGCCGGGGAGCCACUAUACCUAUACCUCGCCAUAACAGGAGAAGCCCUGGCCGCGGUUCUAGGACGAGAAGAAGGGAGGACUCAACAACCAAUCUAUUUCAUGAGCAGAGCCCUACAAGGGGCAGAACUAAGGUACAGCAAACUGGAAAAGCUAGCUCUGGCACUCUUGACCUCUUCACGGAGGUUAAAACAAUACUUCCAAGGUCAUCAGAUCGUCGUAAGAACGGACCAAGGGAUCCGACAAGUGCUCCAAAAACCCGAUUUGGUGAGAAGGAUGAUGACUUGGUCCAUCGAACUUUUCCAGUAUGACAUACGGUACGAACCCCGGCAAGCAAUCAAGGCGCAAGCGAUGGCAGAUUUUCUAGUAGAAGUAAUGGGAGAUCCAACCGCAGAAACGGGCGAACGCUGGAAGCUCCACGUGGACGGAGCCUCCCACCAGACCUCCGGGGGCGCCGGGAUCAUUCUGGAAAGCCCAGCUGGAGUCGUAUACGAGCAGUCGAUCAGGUUCAAAUUUCCCGUCUCGAACAACCAGGCAGAAUACGAAGCCCUCAUAGGGGGCUUAGCCCUAGCAACGGAAGUUGGAGCAACGAGGUUGGAAAUAUGCAGCGAUUCACAAGUCGUCACCUCCCAAGUAAACGGGAGCUAUCAAGCCAGAGACUCAUUAUUACAAAAGUACUUGGAAAAAGUCAAGGAUCUGAGCCAAAAGUUUGAGGAGGUCACAAUCCACCACGUGCCCAGAGAAAGGAACACACGGGCAGAUCUCCUAUCAAAACUGGCCAGCACCAAACCGGGAGAAGGUAACCGGUCUCUCAUCCAAGGAAUGACGAGGGAGCCGGCGAUCACUCUGCACCUAUCAAGGCUAGGCCCCUCAUGGCUGGACCCCAUCACCAGCUUCUUAGAAAAUGGCAAACUUCCCGACGACGAAAAGGAUGCAACGAAACUGAGAAGGGAAGCGGCCAAGUACGCGAUUAUUCAGGGACAGCUAUUCAAGAAAGGACUCAACCAGCCCCUACUGAAAUGCCUACACCCCGACCAGACGAACUACGUCCUUAGGGAAGUCCAUGAAGGUUGCUGCGGACAUCACAUAGGGGGCAAAGCCUUAGUAAGAAAGUUAAUCCGAGCUGGGUACUAUUGGCCAUCAAUGAUGGCAGACUCUAAAGAAUUCGUCAGAAAAUGCACCAAGUGUCAAGAGAAUGCCAAUUUCCAUAGGGCACCGGCCUCCGAGCUAAGCCUGUUAACAUCUUCCCGACCAUUCUCGCAAUGGGGGGUCGAUCUCUUGGGGCCCUUCCCGGUUGGUCCUGGACAAGUCAAGUACCUCAUAGUCGCCAUUGACUACUACACCAAAUGGAUAGAGGCCGAGCCGCUGGCCAGCAUAUCCUCGUCCAAUUGCAGGAAAUUCAUGUGGAGGCAGUCUUCCACCAAGGAGACCCCUUUCCGACUAACAUACGGGUUAGAUGCGGUAAUACCCGUAGAGAUCGGGAAACCGAGCCCGCGAUUACUUCUGAAAGGAGUAGGGGAAGCCGUGGAGAAGGACCUGAUAGAUGAAACCAGAGAAAUGGCCCACUUGACAGAAGCAGCGCUGAAGCAAAGAAUGGCCCUACGCUACAACACCAAAGUGCUCAAAAGAGAGUUUGAACCAAACGAUCUCGUCCUAAGGCGUAACGACAUCGGCUUACCGACCCCGGGAGCGGGCAAGCUUGCGGUAAACUGGGAAGGUCCCUAUAGAGUCAAAGAAGUGAUGGGUAAAGGCGCUUUCAAGUUAGAAAGGCUCGAUGGCAAAGAAGUCCCAAGAACGUGGAACGCGAGCAACUUGAGAAGAUUUUACUCCUAG